UUUUUAUAUACAUUAUAAUAAUCAUAUAAACAAUAAAAUAAUUUAGUUUAUGAUGUUAUUGAUUUUUUAAAUAAAAUAAGUUUAAUUUUAAAAUUAAUAUAACAAUCAGCAAUGGAGACAGAAACACCUGAAAAUGAAACGCCAACGCCAAAAGAUGACAUUGAAGAACGCUACAAUAAACUAAAAGGUUUUGCUGUAAAGUUAAAAAAAAAAGUUGGAGAUUUAACUGAAAAACUUGAAUCAUCAGAAAUUGAAAAAAACAAAGCAAUUAAUGAAAAAGAUGAAAUGCAAAAAAAAGUACUUCAUAUAUCUGAUACAAUUAAAAAACUUCAGACAAUUCAAUUAGAGUAUGAUAAGCUACAAGAUUCCAUAGAAAUUGAAAAAAAAGAAAAAAAACAAUUAACAAAAAAUUUAGAAACAUUAGUAAUAGAAAAUACAAAUUUAAAAGAAUCAUUUUAUGAAGAAAAAGAAAAUACAUCACGUUUAAAUCAAGAUAUUGAUAUAAAAACAAAAGAAAUAAAUGAUUUAAAGCUUAUUAUUAAAAAAAAUCAAAUAUUAAUUAAAAAAUUAGAAGAAGAAAAACGUGCUGAUGUAUUAAUAAAAGAACAAAAAGAAAAAGAUUAUGAUGAUAUUAAAAAUAAAUUAGAUAUUGAAAUUCAAUUAAAUAAAACAAAAACAGCUCAAUUAGAUGCUAUAAAACAAGAAAAAAGCAAUAACAAUGUAUUAUCACUUGAAGUUGAUAAUUAUGAAAAAAGUAUUGAUGCAUUAAAAAUAAAAUUAUCUGAUGAAUCAUCAACUUGUCAUAAAUUAGAAUUAACAAUUGAAGAACAACGUUUAACAAUUAAAAAUUUAGAAAAUCAAUUGAAUGAAUUACGUGAUACUUGUUUUGCAAAAACAAAUCAAUUAACAAAUAUAAGUGAUAAAAAUGAAAAUUUGAAAUCAGAAAUAUGUGAUUUACGUCAAGAAAAUCAACAAAUUAUUAAUGAAAAAAAUAGUCUUAUUCAAACAAUUGAUGAAAUGAAAAAUAAUAUUGAUAAAUUACAAAAAGAAUUGUCAUUAAAUUUAUCUAAAUAUGAAAAAUUAAAUAAACAAAUGGAUAAUAAAAUAACAAUAAAUUUACAACAAAUUGAUAUAUUAAAAUGUGAAAUAGCAAGAUUAAAUGAUAUUCUUCAAAGUCGUAAUGAUGAAAUAAAAACAUUAAAUAAUGAAUAUGAAGGUUAUAAAUUACGUGCUCAAAGUGUACUUAGAAAUAAAAAAAUACAAAAUAAAGAAAUAAAUAUAAAUGGUCAUAAUAUAGCUGAAAUUGAAACAGAAUUAAAUCAUUUACAUUCACAAAAUGAUCAACAAAAUGAAAAAAUAAAUAAUUUAAAUGAAACAAUUAAAUUAUUAACAAAUGAAUUAUCAUAUGUCAAAGAAGAACGUGAUAAUAUUAAAGAUAAUUAUCAUGAACUUGGUAAAAAAUUAACAUUUCUUAGUCAAGAUAAUUUAGCACUACGUGAUCAAUGUCGUGGACAAUUAUCAAAAAUUGAAACAUUACAGCAUGAUUAUGAAAAAAAAGAAGAAUUAUUAAUAAAUAAUAAUAAUAAAAAAUUAGAAGAAAUUGAAAAAAAAUAUCAAUAUGAAAUUGAACAUUUAAAAAAUGAAAUUGAUAAAUUAUCAGCUUGUAAUAUUAUUGAUAAUUAUCAAGAUAUACAAACUAAAAAUGACAUGUAUUUAAUUGAACGUGAAGAUGGUGAAGGUAGUGAAAGUAUUGAUUCUUAUACACUUGGUAUUGAUAAAUUUGAAUUAAAUCAUAAAAAAUUACAACAAAAUUUAAUGCCACUUGAUGAAUUAUUAAAUUCAACUGAUGAUAUUAUAACACAAUCAAUUGGACAAUUAUUACCAGCUAAAGUUGAUAGACAUGAACUUGAAUUAUGUGAAAAACGUGUUACACAUUUAAAUAUUUUAUUAGCUGAUGCUGAAAGAGAUGCAGAAAAAUUAAAUCAAAUGAAUCAAUUAUUAAAAGAAGAUAUUAGAAGACAACAAAGAAGUGCUGAACGUCAACAACAUGCUGAUAAUUUUGAAUAUUUAAAAAAUAUUAUUAUAAAGUUUGUUACAUUAAAAAAUGGAGAUGAACGAAGUCGUCUCAUUCCAGUUCUCAAUACAAUUCUUAAAUUAAGUCCAGAAGAAACAAAUCAAUUGAAUCAAGUUGCUGGAGUUAAUGGACGAGGAUGGCUGCAAUCAUUACCAAUUCGAGGCUGGACUAAUGACUAAAGUAUAUUUUUAAUUAUUAAAAAACCUAUAAUUAAAUUAAAUAUAUACAGUUAUAUAUUUAUAAUUAAAUUAAAAUUUAAAAAUAAUCUGUAAUAUUAAUUUAUUAAUUAGAAAAAUAAAAAAAAUAAAUUUAUUAAAUAAAACUAUUAUUU